AUGAGAAGUAAAUGUCUCCUUUUACUGUUGCUUAUUACUUUGUCCUACAUUGGAGGAUUUUCAGCCAAGAACCACUACUACUCAAGACCUAAACUAAGAAGAAGUGAUUUCCCAGAGGAUUUCAUAUUUGGAUCUGCUACUUCUGCUUAUCAGUGUGAAGGUGCUGCUCAUGAGGAUGGAAGAGGACCAAGUAUCUGGGACACCUUCUCUGAAAAUCUCCCAGAGAAGAUAAUGGAUGGUAGUAAUGGGUCGAUUGCUGAUGAUUCUUACAACCUUUUCAAGGAAGAUGUGAACUUGCUGCAUCAGAUUGGCUUCGAUUCUUACCGGUUCUCGAUCUCAUGGUCACGGAUUUUGCCUCGUGGGGAUCUAAAGGGAGGAAUAAACCAGGCUGGGAUUGACUAUUACAACAACUUGAUUAAUCAACUCUUGUCAAAAGGAGUGAAGCCAUAUGUCACAAUCUUUCACUGGGACUUACCACAGGCACUCGAAAACGCUUACGGUGGCUUACUCGGAGCCGAGGUUGUGAAUGAUUUCCGAGACUAUGCGGAACUCUGUUUCCAGAAGUUUGGAGAUAGAGUGAAGCAUUGGACGACCUUAAACGAGCCAUUUACAGUGGUGCGUGAUGGUUAUAUAACAGGUCAAAAAGCACCUGGAAGAUGUUCCAGUUUCACUAAACCUGAUUGCACUGGCGGCGAUGGAGCCACCGAGCCUUACAUCGUCGGCCACAACCUCCUCCUGGCUCAUGGAGCCGCCGUCAAAGUCUACAGAGAAAAGUACCAGGGGACUCAGAAGGGUCAGAUUGGUAUUGCUUUAAACUCAGAAUGGCACUACCCUUAUUCAGAUUCACCUGCUGACCGAUCAGCAGCGGCACGAGCCAUGGCCUUCACCUUCGGCUACUUCAUGGAGCCAAUCGUGUACGGUAGAUACCCAAUUGAAAUGGUCAACCACGUCAAAGACGGCCGUCUUCCUACCUUCACACCAGAAGAGUCCUCAAUGCUCAAAGGAUCGUACGAUUUCAUAGGCAUUAACUAUUACUCAUCUUCUUACUCAAUAGACGUGCCUUGCGCGACUGAAAACAUCACCAUGUCCACCGAUUCUUGCUUCAGUCACGUAGUUGAGCGAAAUGGAGUGCCUAUCGGUCCAAAGGGUGGAUCGGAUUGGCUUCUGAUAUACCCUGAGGGGAUUCGUGAACUGCUACUACAUGCAAAACUCAAAUACAAUGAUCCUGUCUUGUACAUAACAGAAAACGGAGUGGAUGAAGCUAACACUAAUGAAUUAUUUCUGAAUGACGAUUUGAGAAUUGACUAUUACGCUCAACAUCUUAAGAUGGUUCUCGAUGCAAUCUCGAUGGGGGUGAAUGUGAAAGGCUAUUUUGCAUGGUCGUUGAUGGACAAUUUCGAAUGGUCGGAGGGAUAUACGGUCCGGUUCGGGCUAGUGUUCGUGGACUUUGAAGAUGGACGUAAGAGGUAUCCCAAGAAAUCAGCUAAGUGGUUUAGGAGAUUGUUGAAGGGAGAGUAUAAUAGGACGAAGCAGCAGAUUGCUGUUAUUUAA